AUGUCAUUUGCUUUCAUCAAACUUGCACUGAUCGCCCUCCCUCUUCUCGCCCAGCCUGAGCUCUGUGCUGCUGGUCUCUUGUUCGCUCAUGGCACCUCGCUUGCACAUCAUCCCAAGACCUGCACAACUUUCCUCCCCCUCCCGCUCAACAGGUGUUCCCAUGAGAACCACCACAAGAGUCGAGGCAUGCUGGUCCUGGCCCGGGCCGUCAUGCCAGGCUGGCAGAUGAACAGGAAGGUCAGCCCGCUCAGUGUCACGAGGAUCAUAGCAGGGAUAGUGGAUGGGACAGGGACGGUAUUGGAGAUGAGUGUCGACCUCCUGACUCCCGGAGUCAGCGUGAUCGUCGACGUGCCUCGACGUUUCCGCAAGGCAGUGCAGGAGGGAGGAAUGAUCCUCUUUGAGAACGUCAAGGUUUCAGUGAAGAAGGUGAAGGGGAACUCGUUGACAGUCAGGAUCUUGCCGGAUGACUUGAAGGAGACGCCGUUGGGAGAGCUGAUGCCUGGGGAUCAAGUCACGCUGUGUACCAUAGACGAUGCUUCUCAGUUGAAGGUGUAA